AUGGUGAAGGGAGGCAAGAGAUAUGAGAAGCAGAUUGGACGCUGUAUGAAGAAGAGGCAUAAAAGAACAUCAGAGUGGAGGUGCCACAAGUGGCGUGAGAGGAAACAGAAGAGGGGCAAGUGCGGAGGUAUCCGAGCCAGGGAAGCGGCUAGCCCUCACAAGCCGGCCAUCCCAAACAUCGUGCCAGCCAACCUACACUCCCUGGACAAAAAAAUGGACUACAUAUGGCUCAUAAGGAAUACCCAGAGGAAUGGGCCUGUAGAGGCACUAAAGGACUGCUACACUACAGACUGGGAGGUGUUCAAGCAAGUUGCCUCCCACAACUCCACCACCAACCACCAGACCGUCACUGUCCAGGCCAACCAGAAGCCAUGGCUGACAGGGGAGGUCUACAGGCUGUUAAAGGCUCGGAACGCUGCCUUUAAAACAGGAGACCAGGUCAGCCUGAGGACAGCAAGGGCCAACCUGUCAUGCAACAUCAGAGAGGCUAAGAGGCAGUACUCCAGGAGGAUAGUCUACCACUUCAGUGACAGCAGAGACUCAUGCAGCCUGUGGCGAGGGCUCUUUGCUCGUUUUGAGGGCACAGAACACCACACCUGCACAGUAGUCCCCCCCUCCUCCAGGCGAACAGGGGCCUCAUGUCUAGAGCCUGGUGAGACAGAGGAGGAGCCGGGCUCGGAAGCACCCCACAGAGCCCAGAGCCUCCAAGUGGUGCAAAGAGUCCUUUCGAACAGGCAGUCCGCGAAGAAGGAUCAAGCCUCUAAAACAGCAGAGUGGAAGAAGUUUGAUGAGGAUGUGGACAAGGUGCUGGAAGCAACAGCCAAAGGAGAUGUUGAGAGGAAGCUUCAGACUAUGACGACCAUCAUAAUGAGUAUGGCCGACGAGAGAUUUGGUGUCGAGGAGGAAAGGGCGGCCAAGCAGCCUUACUUCAAGAACCAGAGGGCCGUUAAAAUCCAUAACAUCAGGACAGAACUGAAAGCCUUGAAGAAACAGCACAAGGCAGCACGGGAAGAGGAGCGUGCACCUCUGGUAGAGCUCCAUCUCAUGCUCAGGAAGAGGCUCCUAAACCUGUGCACAGCAGAACAACACAGGAGACGCCGGAGGGAGAGGGCUAGGAAGCGGGCUGCCUUCAUCAACAACCCUUUCGGCUUCAUGAAGGAGCUCCUUGGACAGAAACGAAGUGGACGCCUGGCCUCGAAGGAGGAAGUCGACCACCACCUCCACGACACCUUCAGCGACCCCACCAAAGACCAAGAGCUAGGACAGUGUAAGGCUGUAAUAACAUCGCCAGACCCUGCUGAGGCCUUCGAUCUGAGGGAGCCACUACUGAAAGAAAUUCAGGAGGUGUUGCAGAAAGCAAGGUCCAGGUCAGCACCAGGACCAAGCGGAACGUCCUACAAGGUCUAUAAGCACUGUCCCAAGUUGCUGCACCGGCUUUGGAAAAUCUUGAGGCUCAUCUGGAGAAGAGGAAAAACAGCACAGCAGUGGCGGUUUGCAGAGGGAGUGUGGAUUCCUAAAGAGGAGGACUCCAAGACGAUCAGCCAGUUCAGAAUAAUCUCGCUGCUCAGUGUAGAAGGAAAGAUUUUCUUCAGGAUUGUAGCUAAGCGACUGACUGAUUUCUUCCUCAAGAGGAACAUCGACACCUCCGUGCAGAAGGGUGGCAUCCCUGGCGUACCAGGAUGCUUAGAGCACACUGGCGUGGUCACUCAGCUCCUCAGAGAGGCAAGGGAGAACAAGGGCGAUCUGGUGGUGCUGUGGUUAGAUCUGGCCAAUGCCUACGGCUCAAUGCCCCACAAGUCAGUCCUCGAAACACUUGAGAGGCACCAUGUUCCAGCUGCAGUAAGAGAGCUCAUCCUGGAUUACUAUGGUGAUUUCAGCCUGAGGGUCUCAGCAGGAUCAACAACAUCUAAGUGGCACAGAUUGGAGGUGGGAAUCAUCACAGGCUGCACCAUCUCAGUUGUCCUGUUCGCUCUAGCGAUGAACAUGUUGGUGAAAUCAGCAGAACCAGAGUGCAGAGGUCCCAAGUCCAAAUCUGGGAUCCGCCAACCGCCUGUCCGUGCCUUCAUGGAUGACCUGACAGUGACCACCGAGUCAUUGCCUGGAUGCAGAUGGAUCUUGACGGGGCUGGAAAGGCUAAUGGGAUGGGCCAGGAUAUCAUUCAAGCCGACAAAGUCAAGAUCCUUGGUCUUGAAGAAGGGCAGAGUGCAGUUCCGCUUCUCUAUCUCAGGAACACCAAUCCCCACCAUCUCUGAGAAGCCGAUAAAGAGCUUGGGAAAGUUCUUCGACAGCAGCCUUAGGAAUUCAGCCUCCAUCAAGAAUACCUGUGAGGAGCUGAAGGGAUGGCUGAAGGCUGUGGACAAGACAGGCCUCCCAGGAAAAUUCAAAGCGUGGAUUUACCAACACAGGAUUCUGCCAAGGAUACUGUGGCCAUCGCUCCUCUGUGAGUUUCCGAUUACUACCAUCUCAGAUCUGGAAAGGAGAGUCAGUGGCUACUUGAGGAGAUGGUUAGGACUGCAGAGGAGCUUGAGCAGCAUCGCCCUUUAUGGAAACACCUGCAAACUGACACUCCCCUUGAAAUCCAUUGAGGAGGAGUUCAAGGUCUUGCAUGCAAGGGAGGUGCUGCAAUUCCGUGAGUCAGCGGAUCCAAAAGUGUCUGGGGCAGGAGUAGCAGUCAGGACUGGCAGGAAAUGGAGAGCAGAAGCUGCAGUGGAGCAGGCAGAAUCCCGGCUACGGCACAGAGUCUUGGUGGGAACAGUGGCUAGAGGAAGGAUGGGUCUAGGAACCAUAGCAUCCCCCCGUUUUAACAAGGCUCGGGGAAAGGAGCGGAGGCAACUAGUCCAGAACGAGGUGAGAGCAGUGGUCGAGGAGGAGAGAUCCAGCAGAGCAGUGGGAAUGAGGCAGCAGGGCGCCUGAACGAGAUGGGAGCAAGUUGCGGAGAGGAAGAUCUCGUGGACUGACCUUUGGCGGGCAGAGCCACACCGCAUCAAGUUCUUAGUCCAGGCCGUCUACAAUGUACUCCCCAGCCCUUCCAACUUGCACUGCUGGGGUUUGGUCGACACUCCAACAUGCCCUCUUUGCCAAAGAAAGGGGACCCUCGAGCAUAUAUUAUGUUGCUGCCCAAAAGCUCUGGGGGAUGGCCGUUACCGAUGGCGUCACUACCAGGUGCUCAAGACCAUCGCAGAAAGCAUCUAUAGGGGCAUCACCAGCUGUCUGAGGUCAAAACCCACAAAGAGAGCCAUCAACUUUGUCAGAGCUGGGGAGAAGCUAAGUACAACAUCAGGAGCAACAUCAGGGCUUCUCAACACUGCACAGGACUGGCAGCUGUCAGUGGACUUGGGCAGCCAACUCAAGUUCCCCCAGCACGUUGCUAAGACCACCCUCAGACCUGACAUCGUUUUGGUGUCAGAGGCAACAAAGAGUGUCGUCAUGCUGGAGCUCACUGUGUCGUGGGAAGAGCGAAUGGAGGAGGCCUUUGAGCAGAAGAGGGGGAAAUAUGACGGCCUAAUCAGCGACUGCCACAGACGAGGCUGGAAGGCUAGGUGUUGGCCUGUGGAGGUAGGGUGCGGAGGCUUUGCCGGACAGUCUCUGUGCAGGGCCUACACUGCAUUGGGCAUCACAGGAGAGAAAAGGAGAAGGGCCAUCCGGAACAACACAGAGGCAGCAGAGAAAGCCUCUAGGUGGCUCUGGAUAAAGAGAGCGGAUCCGUGGUUAAAUGCUGCUGGGGCACAAGCUGAGGCAUCAUGA